UAUUAUUUGUUUGUGAUUUCGCGAUCAAUCUACCGUUUUUGCGUUGGCCCUUGACAUUUAUAACACUACAAACACUAUGCCAGACAACAUAAAAUUCUCGAAGAGUGUUUUUGACACAGCCCUGCUUUCAGCUGCCCACGUACUUCAGUACAUCGAGGCUGAUUGUCGUCAAGAGAUGAUGGACAAUCUUCGUUUACAAAUGACACGUUAUGCGGAAAUGGAAGAAAAAUUCAAAGGUCUCAAGGAGAUUACUUCUAAUUUUCGACAGGAGUUGAAGAGAAGUGAUCACCGUGCUACUGCUAAUGAAGAUAGUAAUGAAAGAAAAGGAUCGAAAAAAACUCCAGUCAAUGUAGAAAAACUUUUAAAAAGAUAUAAUAGCAAAGUUGAGGGAAUUGAAGUCAAUGUAGCAAAUAAUAAUAACCUGAGGCACUUCAGUCAGCAGAUGGAUCAAUUGAUGAAAUAUUUGGCUGGGGAACAGGGCACCUCAGACGACACUGAGGAUGAUAUGGUCAUGACAAGUUCCCUAAACGUUAUCUGCCCAAUAUCCAAAACGAGGAUGAUUGAACCUGUGAAGAAUGAUAUUUGUGGACAUGUUUAUGACCUGGGAAGUGUUACCAAAAUGAUCGAGAGUAAUGCUAGAUCAAGAUGUCCAUUGAUGGGAUGCAGUAAUUCAACAUUCCUCAGCAUGGAUCAUUUGAGUGCUGAUAUCGUUACUCGACUGUACUUGGAGAGAAAUCCAUGAACAUAAAUACAUUAUUUUUAUUUCUAUUCUCAUCAUUCUCUCCUUUAAGGUCGCUAGUUCGUUAUCACGAGAGCAGUUAUUUAGAGAUUACGCUUGAAUAAUCAUAAGAGUUCAACUGUGACGUGUACUGCAGAAUAAAUUAAUUUUUAUAAUUUC